AUGAUGAAGAAGCAGAGUGUUUCUUUUAAUCUGUUCGAUGAUGAAGAUCUUCAUCUUCCUCUUCCUAUUCCUAACGUGUUUCCAAUGAAGAAGAAGAAGGUAGUUUCACUUAGCCUCUUUGAUGAUCUUCUUCUUCAUGAUCAACCACCACCACCAUCAGUGCCGCCUCAAACCCACCACCAAAAGCUUUACUCAAACCCAAAUCUUAAAAGAACCUUUCAUGAUAUUAACCCUGAACCAAUUCUAGAAAUUGUUCCUUAUUCAGGCCAAACAAUGCCCCAAUCUGCCGUAACUCUUCAGAAAAAUAGAAAGCGGAAGGGCAACGGAAAAAUUACGAGUAUUCGUAGCCAAGUGCAGAUUGAGCCGGAGCCUCGUCCAGAACCACUUCUUCUCGAAAUCUUGCGAGAACUAGGAUUGAAUGGAGGGACGGUGCCAAUUUUCUUGUACCAAAAAAGGCUCACAAGUUCUGAUACUAAGCCUGAUCAGAAUCGGAUUUUUCUUUCUCAUAACAGAGAAAAAGUGAUGGAAUUCUUGACACAAAUGGAGCGACAAUUAGUAGAAGUUAACCAAGGCAGUGUUGAAAUUCUUACGAUUGAUCCGAAAGGUAAAUACUAUGUGUUGCACAUGAGGAGGUGGGGUACCCUGAAAAUGGUUGUGCUUAAAAAAGAUUGGAGUAAACUGGUGGAAGCAAACAAGUUGGAGGAAAGUGAUUGGAUUCAACUGUGGGGAUAUCGCCAAAAUUCCCAAUUCCAUUUGGCUUUGAAUUUCAAGAAAGCAACAAGAAAGGCCAUCGAUCAGGAUGCUGCAAGCAGUAGCAGCGGGUGUAGCCCAAGUAUCGUCUCCGAGGUUUAG